CAACACUGGUUCCGAGCGAAAGUUGUCAUCUCUAGCGGUGCGUUCCACAUAUUGUGUUUUGUUUGGAUUUUUUUUAAAGAAACAUGUCAGAAGUUGUGGCUGAGGAGAAGCCGAAAGGCGCCAAUCCAGAUAAACCGAAGACAGGCCGUCGCAGGGACAAGAAGGAUAAGUCCAAUCAAAUAAUCAAGAUUGUUGUUCGGCAUUUACCGCCAACUAUGACGGAAAGCGAGUUUCUGGAGCAAGUUGGUCCGCUGCCAGAAAAUGAUUACUAUUACUUCUGCCCGGCAGACUGGUCUCUGGGCCAGGAGGCCACCUGUCGCGCCUACAUAGACAUGAGCCUCAAAGAUAUCAGCGAUGUGCUGCAGUUCCGGGACCGAUUCGACGGAUACGUGUUUGUGGACAACAAGGGCUCCGAGUACAUGGCCAUCGUCGAGUACGCCCCCUUUCAGAGCUUCUUGAAAAACAAGGCGCGCAAUGACGACGCCAAAGUAAACACCAUUGAGAGCGAGUCCCACUACCAGGAGUUCAUCCAACGUCUGGCAGACGAAAGGGAGGAGGCCAGUCGCCUUGGCGACGUCAAGAUCGACUUCAACUUUGAACGGCGUUUGGAUGAGAACUGCAAAUCCACACCUCUGCUCCAGUACCUUGCGAAUAAAAAGGAGAAACGGCGGGAGGAGGCGCGCAAGCGGAACGAGGAGAAACGGAAGCAGCGCGAGGAGCAGAAGCAGCUCCGCCAAGGGGAGCAGGGGGAGGGCAACAAAUGUAAGGAUGUCAAGGACACUGGUGCUGCGGGUGACAACAAGAAGCCCGUGAAGAAAGACGGCAAGGAUCCUCAGACCGCAGCCCAGGGAGCAGAGGCCGGAAAGGCCUCGCGCUCCAAGCGACGCACAGAGCGUGAUCAGAGGCGUCGCGAAGAGCACGAGAUGCGAAAGCAGGCUCGCGAACGUGACCACAAACAAGACAAGAAGGAUAAGAAGCCGGAUCGCCAGGAUAGACCUGAGAAAGAGAAAGGUCCAAAUGGCAAGCAAGGGAAACGGCAGCCCAAGGAUCUCUCGAAGACUGACAAGGAUUUUGUUAUACUUAAGAAGGAGGUCAAGCCCGAGGCUACAGAUCUGCCAUCGACCUCAAAGGAAAGUACGGUCGAAAAAUCAACCGAAAAUAGUGACGUCCCAGACUCUGUGAAGAAAUUCAUUCAAGCUGCCGGCAGCAUUGCGGACAAGGAGGAAACUACUGUGGCUCAGGAGGCUACAGGAAGCUUUAAGAAAGCUAAAGAAGAUCCCGCCCCCAAAAAUAAUAACUUCCGUUCUUCAGAGGAGCGCCGUAUCCGCAAUAAGGAUCGUCCCGCGAGAGCCAUUUACCAACCGAAAGCGCGUCUGCAACCAGGAUCAGAGGAAUCGCGACAAAAUGCGAAUAAGGACGGCUCCGAGGGGGAGGCAGAUGUGGCCGAGGAGAAAACAUCCAAAAAGAAUAGGCGUUCAGGUCGGCGCCAAAAACCGAAACCGCAGGAGAAUAAGGAAAGUCAGGACGACGGACGUCGUCUGUCCAAAUCGUCUGAAAGCAGCAACAGUGCGCAUUCGGCCAGCCACGCCAAAUAGGCGAAAAAAUGUACUUUUAUUGUUAAAUAAAUGUUACAAUCUGAAAAAUGCGAGUUCAGUCAGUAGAACUCAUCCUCUAAA